CACUACCUCUCUCAAGCUGGAGUUAAUAUUAUUUGGGGUAAUGUAAAAGAUGUGAACAUUUAAUGUCAUAAACUAUUUAUGUUACAAAUGGAAAGGGAAGCUCUCUAUUUUUAACCUUCUGACCAAUUUUGCUAAAGAAAAUGUUAAAGUUUGAAAAACUUUUUUGGUUUUAAAUACAGUUUUUGUUAACUCAAUAUCAUGUACGUUUUUCUUGUCUUGUUGGGUAAAACAUACAUAUAUAUAGAUCUUGCUUUCAGUCUGUCAUGUCCUUAAUCCAUGUCCAAGAUACACUGGAUGCUAGUUUCUCUUUAUUUAAUUUCUUCCUCUAUUUCUGACACAAUCUCUGUCCAUUCUCCCCCUUCUUCCACUCUCACUCUCAGACUCACAUCUCCCCCCUCUUUCACUCUCACUCUCUGACUCACAUUAUCUGUCCCUCUCUUUCAGUCCUGAAGGGAUAGUGGUUAAUGGUUUACCCAGAGACAGUCCCCUUCUCUGGAUGAGUGGAGUGUAUACACAACCAAAACGUCACCUUAGUUUACCCUUCCUGAAGAGGUCAUUGUUUAAAUAACAGAUAUGUAAAAAGCAAAGAUUUUAUGUAAUAAAUUAUAUUACACAUUGAAGGGGAAAUUCUCUAUACUUGAUGUUGACCUGUAUUUUUUAUCCUAAAUUAUAUUACACUCUCAGACUCAUGCCCUUAUCGCUUAUUUGAAAAGAAUGGUGGUUAAUGGUUUACCCCGAAACAGUCCCACCCCCUGAAUGAGUGUAGACAUAGACCACAACCAAAACGGCAUCAUAGUUUACCGUAACUCGCAACAGGAGCCAAUAUAAAUGACGACUUUCAUUAAUCGACUAUCAUCAGAAACUAAGCGUUAUCAAACACUUUGAAAUUAAAAGGAAUACGUGAAAUGUUGCAAUUGACAAGUCCUCUGUGUGGUCUGACCCUUCUCGUGUUGCAGCAUGCAUGUACUGUACAUGUGUCAGGACUGUUCCAGGUGGCCAUCCCAGCAGGCCUGGUGGAGGAGCCACAUCCCCUGGGUUGUCAUAGGAACCAGUCUGGAGAGGUGGACACCAUACCGGAUCCUGCCCAGUACCGUCAGGGAGAAUUCUCCUCAGCUCUGCCUUUGCUGACGAUCCGACAACCUCUCCCAGCACAGAGAAGGAAGAAGAGGGCUUGGGUCAUGCCGCCAAUCAACAUAGCAGAGAAUGGCCGGGGCCCCUUCCCUAACCAAAUGUUCAAGAUACGCUCCAGUUACAAUGACGAAGUGAAGAUGUAUUAUAAAAUCACUGGCCCGGGGGCAGACCUGCCUCCUAUUGGACGUUUCAUAAUCGAAAGGAACACUGGUUGGUUGUCUGUGACAGAACCCCUUGACAGAGAGCAACAAGCUCAGUAUAUCAUUGAAGCACAGGCGGAGGCUCGGGGAUUUGGUAUAGAAGAGAAUCCUAUGGAGAUCGUCAUCAACGUCCUGGACCAGAAUGAUAAUAAACCAGAGUUUACCCAGAAUCCCUUUCUGGGGCAUGUCCCUGAGGACGCUGAGAUAGGGUCUGAGUUUAUGAAGGUUAAUGCCACGGACAGAGACCAGCCUGGCCAGAUAAGCUCUGACCUCCGCUACAGCAUCCGCCGCCAGGAUCCUCCCACACCCAGUGACCUGUUCUUCAUCAACCCCAUCACUGGAGGCAUCCUGGUGGCUGCCUCUGGAUUGGACAGAGAGAGGCAGCAGCAGUUCAAGCUGGUGGUAGAGGCAGCAGAUAACGCAGGGGCAGGUCUGACGAGCACCAGCCAGGUUCUGAUCACCGUGGAAGACAGCAAUGACAACGCACCAAAGUUUACCCAGGACACGUACACUGGGUCCAUCUCAGAGAACCAGCAGGGGGUGGUGGUGGUCAAGAUAGAGGUAAGGGAUGAGGACCAGAUCCACACCCCAUGCUGGAGGAGUAGAUUCAGAAUCAUACAAGGGGACAGUGACCACCUUUUCAGCAUCUCCACAGGGCACAGUGGGGACCAGGGAAUCCUCGCCACAUCAAAGGAGCUGGACUAUGAGGCUAGUGCUGUGUACACUCUGCUGGUGGUGGUGGAGAACGAGGUGGUGUUCUCCAGGCCUGUGUCCACCUCCACAGCCACCGUCACGGUGAGGGUGGAGGACAGGAACGAGGCCCCGGUCUUCAGGCCUUCAGAGAUGGUCGUCUCUGUGUCUGAGGACCUGCCACUGGACAGUGACCUGGUGCUCUACACAGCCUCGGACCCAGACCUGGACAUGAAGCAGACCGUCAAGUAUCAGUUGGAGAGAGACCAUGCUGGCUGGUUGAGUCUCAAUGAGAGCACAGGACUGCUGGUGGUCAGAAGUUCCCUGGACAGAGAAUCUCCCUUUAUCAUUGACGGCACAUACACUGUCCUCAUCCUGGCCAUUGACAAUGCGGAGACCCCAGCCACAGGGACAGGGACUCUGGUGAUUGAAGUGGAGGAUGUGAACGACAACAUCCCCAGUGUCGACCAGAGACACCUGGUGUUCUGCAGCAGCCAGUCACAGGCCCUGGAGCUCCCCAUCAGAGACCCAGAUGGGCCAGGCUUCUCCCAGCCCUUCACAGCUCAGCUGCUGGAAGACUCCCUGAAACACUGGGACAUCCACAUGAAUGACUCCAAGACAGCCAUUCUCCUGAGUGCGAGGACUGUGCUGAGGUUGGGGGAGCAUGAGGUGAACCUACGUGUUAGUGACAGUGCAGGUCUCUACCAGGACAUCUCGCUGCAAGCUCAGGUUUGUGACUGCACAGGAAGUGAUCUCAUUUGCCUUGAGAAGUCGAUCGCCGUCGGCAUGAGUGAGACCAUGUGGAUCUUGGGAGGUGUCUUGGCUUUGCUUUUGUUGCUGUUGUUGCUGCUGCUUUUCCUGAGGAAGAGUGGUUCAGGGGAGAAAGCAGUCCUGCUGCAAGAGGAGGAAAGCCCUGUCAGGGGCAACAUUUACUGCUACGAUGAGGAGGGGGGAGGGGAGGAGGACCAGGAAUAUGACCACAGACUGCUCCGUGGUGGUUUUGCUAACCGGCCCUUGUUGAUCACUGUGGUCCCGCCCCUAUCUUGUGCUCCCACAUACCGGCCCAGACCUACCGACCAGCAUGACAUCGGAGAGUUCAUUGAUGACAACCUACGUGCCACAGACGGAGACCCCACGGCCCUGCCCUACGACUGUCUCCUGGUGUUUAACUAUGAGGGAGGGGGCGCGGCCUCGGAGGGGGGCUCCCUCAGCUCUCUCACCUCCUGCAGCUCAGAGGAGGAGCAGGACUACCAGAGGCUGGCCCACUGGGGGCCACGCUUCAGCAGGCUGGCCCUCAUGUAUAACGGGGAGGGCCUGGAGGACCAGGACUGAGCUUCACUGGGACCUAAAGAUGCUAAAGACACACAUCCAUCUUACGAUGGAAUCUGUAUUGUAUAGAAGCUGUGGUUUCAGUCCCGGGUCGAUUUGUGGUCAGUUCACUUUCUGUAGGACUCAGCUUUAAUGUUGUUUACCAUUGCUGAUGCACUGUUAGGUAGGACAGGCUCAACUGACUCUAUACAAUAUAACAAUGAGGUAAACAUCCAAACAUUGCAUAAUGCAAGGACUAUCGUAUGCCCCCCAACAGCCCAUCUAUGAAAAAUGAUUGUGUACAUGCAUACCAGUAGCAGAUACAUAACCAAUGUCAAUAUACAAAUAAAAAUACUCUUUAUUAUUUAGUCUUUAAUCAAUGGAUUUUAUAAAAUAGCCAAAGGAGGGAAUAUAUAUUGUAUGAGUGAUAAAAUCACAUUCUAUUGAAUCACAACUGAGUAUUCACCUACACAACAAACCACUAACAAUAGCCAGAUGUGUCAAUUACAAGGAAAAGACAACAAUGGACGGCUUCAUCCGCAUUGAACUCUAAAGUGAAUUAAUUGAAAAGUAUAUUUAUGAUGCAGAAUAGUACAUUAUAAAAACUAUAACUGACGCACUUUCUGUAGAUUGUCUAAAG